ACCCUUCACCCUUUCACCUCUCUUUUCAUGCCAUAACCACACUUCCCACACUAUCUUAUCUAAUUUUUACCCCAUUUUUUUCGAAUUUAUUGCAUAAUAAAUUCUUGAAUUUUCUCUGAUUUUAGCUAUAAUGGCAUCAAUUGUGUAUCAAGGUCUACAAUCGUGCCUUGAACCUCAAGUAAUCGAAUCAUUUGUUCUCCGGCAAACCCUAUCUCCACCACCACCACCACCACCACCAAAGAUUCAAGAACCCCAAAACGGCGGAGAGAGAAACAGUGGGUGGAGUUUUCUUAAAGCUCUUGAAAACCCAUCAAUGGCUUCCAAGAAUUUUGAUGAAUCGGAUGAGGUGUAUGUACAUCCAAUGGUGAAACGCUCGGCUUCUGCAUUGAGUACAAAGAGCUUGGAAAUGUGUACGGAGAGUUUGGGAAGUGAAACGGGGAGUGACGUUAGUGAAAGUGGUGACGAAUUCUGUGCACUUUCAAUGGAGGAAAGAGAGAGGAUGAGGGGGAUUCAGAGGUCAAAGCACCAGAAUUUUGACCGCAAAAUACGCCGGAGUGACUUUCCUCCGCCCUUGACCUCCAUCAGCGGCUCCGACGGAACGGUUAAGGUGAGACAUCACCGAGAAGGUGGUCGGUUGGUUAUAAAAGCUGUAAGCUUUUCUAACUGUGGUACAAAUUUUCAAACUGAACGUACAAAUGGGAGACUUAAACUUUCUUUGUUCAAGGACUCUUCUGUAAAUUAUGAAAGUGAAAGGGUUGAAAUGGAACAAUACGAAGAAGGUGGUGAAAUGGAAUCAGAUGAUGAGGAUGAUGAUGAUGAUGACGACGAGGAGGAGGAGGUGGUGGUGGUGGCUGAAGCGGAAGAAGAGGAAGAGGAGGGUGGUGCUGGUGGUAGUAGGCGGUGGGACAUUGACGGAAACCGGUUGAAAGUUGCCGGAAACGGGGAGUUGCGAAGGCUAACAAGGUGCAAGGAGGGUGGAAAUGGGAACAAAGUGUUCGCAAAUUGGGGCACCCGCUAUUGGGUGGCAAUUUCUUAAAAAAAAAAAUUUAAUUAUUUAAAUUUAGAGAAUUUUUAGAUUCUCUAUUUAAUAUUAUAAUUUUAAUGGGUUUCAUUUUAAUUUUAUGAUUAUUUUUGAUAUCCUAUUUAUAGGAUAUUUUUAAUAGAAUGGUAGUUAUUAUGGUUAUUAGAAAUUGUCCAUUUUACUUUAA